ACAAGUCUCAACACCAGUCAAAUUCAAGGCAAAAUCAUGAAUACCCAAGCAUUGGUUGUUGUCAUUGUUGUUAUGGUAACAGUGGCAUGUGGAUUAGAUUACCAUAGCUACAAUAACUACAACAACUAUCCAUCAACAUACGGUAACUCAUGGGACUUACUUAGGUCAGCAGGCGGACGUCUUAGAGGUGGAUGGAACUCAGGACAUGGACUAAGUCACAGGAGAUACAGACGUGCAGCAUUAGGGUACAACAUGCAUAAUUCUUACCAUAGUAACAAUUGGGGCAGAACAAAUCAAAGAUUGGGAAGAUUUGAUGGAUGGAGACGUCAUAACUCUGGCUAUAGCACAUGGAAUGGCUACUAAAGAGAAAGACAGACAGACAUUAUUUAAAAUAUCCAGAAGAGUGCAAUAUUAACGCUGGUUGACCAUAUAUUUAUUGUUUGAACAACAGUUUUAUUACUUUAAUUUGUAUUAAUUGUGUUACACUAUGUUAGAUAAAAUAAAAAUAUAGAAAACAAA